AUGCCGCAGGCCGGCCCGCUGGCUCUCCUGCCCCUUGCCUGCCUGCUCCGCGCAGGAUCCGCAGCCCGGUCUUCGGGAGACCUUGGCGCCCUUGAAGCUGACAGCGCGGCCAGCCUUGUCAGCGACAGCGAUGGCGACAAGUGGCGCGUCUGCAACCCGUUCUCUUCCGAGGAGACGCGCAGGUAUUACUUCCAGUCCGUGGAGGAGGACGGCGACCCCACGGCCAUCGAGUUCGUGCGCCACAAGCGCUCCCCGAAGCUGAUCUUCCACAAGCACAGCGAGUGGGCCGCGAAGUACGAGAGGUACAUCGAGGCCGCGAGCCGAGACCAUGGGCCCAUGCCGAGCAUGCUGCCGGAGUACCGGUCGACCUGGCUGCCGGUGAGCCCUCCGGGCUCCGAGCGGCCUGCUGAGAGCUCGACUCUGCGCCUGGGGGAGAAGUACGUGGACUACAUCCGGUGCGUCCCGGUGGCCACCCCCGACGGGCCGACGUCGUGCGUUCUGGAGGUCGUGGGCCAGGGCAUCACGAGCGAGCUCCUCGGGGGCCUGUACUGCCAGGGGGCCACGCGCGAGCCCUGCCCCCCACCACCCCACGAGUUCUCGGGGGGGGGAGGGGGGGGGAUCUCUUCGCUCGGGAGGCCCCGGACGAAGUGA